AUGGCCGAGCAGGAGGUUGACCAUGGCCGGUACACAGAUUUUGACUAUAUUCCCCUUAAAGCCGCGAAAGACAGCAAACGAAAAGUUACAAGAAAACGAACUCAACUGGAAAUGAAGAUUGGAGAAAAUUACCCAGCAGAAGGUCACUGCUCAAUAACGUGUUCAUCACCAGAAGAAAACUGUUAUCGCGUCUUGUCUUUUGGCGGAGCGCGAAGGAAAGAGGAGAGAACGUGGCAGGACGGAGCAGCAAUAACCGAGUUUAUCAUUUCAGCUGACGAUGAGGAUGUGUCUAUAAGCUCCAUUACAACUUGCAGGACAAAAGGAGGAAGUCUUCCACCGCUCCACGGUGCUGCAAUUAUUGAUCUCGACACAAAGCUUAUCAUGUGGGGCGGUCUCGAUCUCAAUGAGUACAGGUGUCGAGAUGACUUACUCGUCAUCACAGAACAACAUCAAAGAAGAGGAUCAGCCCUGUUCCAGAUAACUUAUGUAGAAACUCUUUGUCGAAAAACACCGUCCAGACAAGGGCACGACCUUCCACAUCAAAGCGGCCCAGUUCCUUCAGCAUUUUUUGGUUUGUUCUUAUUUACAGGAAGAACGGGACACACAUUGACGAGAAUUGGAGAAACUGAUAAAGCUCUUCUGUUUGGAGGAAUUUGUAUGGGACAGCGAAACAAAGGCUUUGGGUCCAGAUUUUGCAAGAGCUGCAAGGAUGGCAGGUUUUACGUUCUGAACACAGAAACCUUCGAGUGGCAGCACGUAAAGGUGCCUCUGAUUACAUCAAGGGCAUAUCACACCACAACAUGCAUCAGCAAAGAUUCAGAGUAUGUCAUAGGUUUGAUUGGGGGAGUUGUUUUUGAUGGAAACCUACCCAGCCACCGGGAAGCACUGAGUGAAGUUGCUAUUCUCACCAUGGACAAACAAUUUAAUAAUUGUACCUUACAAGAAUUGUCCCUAGCCCCCACUGUACAAAAUACUAGGGAAGUUUUUCUGUCAUCCCAUGCCACAGUUGUGCACAACAGUAGCAUAAUUGUAGUUGGUGGAAUACAAACUACUACAAAGGAAGUACAGAACAAAGCACCAAAAGCUCUAGCCACAGCCUACCGUAUAGACUUGCCUGGUAAACAGUAUGAAAUUCUCCCUAAAACUACUUCUGCACCUAUUUUGUUUUCAACUUAUGGCCAUUCUGUCCACAAUCUAAAACCAGACAAUACAAUCUUAGUACUUGGUGGCAGCUCCAGACAAAUUUCUUUGCUCACUGACAGAAGCUUCGAGCCAGAACCCUGUGAUUUCAUCCCCUGUACAAUUAUUUCUUCUUUACAUCUUAAUGACACAACCUGGAUUCAAUGCGACAAAUGCAAAAAAUGGUACCACACACAUUGUAUAAACCUAGAUAAAGUUCCAGAUGGGCAGUUUUUUUGCUUUAGUUGCAAGAAAUAAUUGACAAUUUGAUGUCACAAUAACAUGUGCUUAUACAAAUCACACAAAUCGGUUGGUCAUUAACUAAAGUCAAGUUAUGAGAUAGUCCAACAAACAAUAUAAAUAUUGUAAAGCCAUCCAUGUCAGCAAAUGAACCGAUUUUUUCAUAUGAGAAAAAAAUACAGUAAUGCUAUGUGUACAUUUUUGUAUAUAAUAAUUAAUAAGGCCAUCUACCCUAUUCAUUAUAUAUAAUAAUUAUGCAUACAUAUCUGUGUUCUCAGUUCAAAUAUGAGGUAUUUUGAACCCGUAAAAUUUCACGCAUUGCCCAUAAACAUUCUAACAGGUCAUGAUCAUUUCCAUUGAAAUCAGGUCUAAAGAAAUUAUUCAAUGGCAUGUGAUAUCAAAUAACAAACCAGUUUGAAUUAAGUUCUUGCUGUUAUGAUUAUAUAUUACUUUUUGUCAAAAGAUGAACUAUACAUGUAAGUUUUGAAUAACAACAAUUUUUGAACUCAACUUGUUUGCUACUAGCCAUGUGUCAUGAUUGAA